CAGCGGAAGGAAUAGUUCCACUUGAUUUUAAUUGAAUAUCAUGCAUGGAUUUUUUCGUUUUUUGGUGGCGAUCGGAUUGUGUGUAGGGAAUUCCAGUGAUAAAUCAAGGAUUAUACGACAAAAUGCUAAAUGAAAAAGUUCGGGACUGCGUGAAAACUGGGAAAACGUUUCGUUUCAUUGUAUCAUAAUGUUACAUUCGGCAUCAAAUGAACAAGAGCACUUCGUGCUAUUUUUAUUAACGGUUACUUUUUAGAUUACUGGAAUACAAAGUAUCAUUUUUUAAUUCCUGGAAACAAAGUUGCACCGUUGAAUCUCCAAGAUGUCUUCCCAUGGCUGGAGUGCCAUUGUUGGUGUGUUGGGGAUGCUUUGCGUUUGGGCUGCCUCCUUUCUGGCUACUCAUGCGGUAACGGUACAGAGAAACGAAACAAUUUUCAAUGAUUUCUGCAAGAAAACUACAACAUGUGAAGUGCUGAAGUAUAAUACAUGUCUUGGGUCCCCACUACCGUACACGCACACGUCUCUUGUCUUGGCUGAAGACUCAAGUACCCAAGACGAAGCAUUUGAGAAGUUGGCCAUGUGGUCUGGUCUGAGGAACGCCCCUCGCUGCUGGGCGGUCAUCCAGCCCCUGCUGUGUGCCGUCUACAUGCCAAAGUGUGACAACGGGCAGGUGGAGCUUCCCAGCCAGCACCUGUGCCAGGCUACGCGUCGCCCCUGCAGCAUCGUGGACCAGGAGAGGGGCUGGCCCAACUUCCUCAAGUGUGAGGAGACGGACAAGUACCCCAUGGGCUGCACGAACGAGGUGCAGAAGCUGAAGUUCAACACGUCGGGACACUGCGAAGCCCCCCUGGUGAAGACAGACGUUCAGGCCAGCUGGUACAAAGAUGUGGAGGGCUGCGGCAUCCAGUGCAACAACCCCCUGUUCACCGACGAGGAGCACUCGGACAUGCACGCCUACAUCGCUGUGUUCGGCACCGUCACCCUGCUCUGCACCUUUUUCACUCUGGCCACCUUUCUGGCGGACUGGAAGAAUUCAAACCGUUACCCCGCCGUCAUCCUCUUCUACAUCAAUACCUGUUUCUUCAUGGGCAGUAUCGGCUGGCUGGCUCAGUUCAUGGAUGGAGCUCGCAAAGAGAUCGUGUGUAAGAGUGACAACACCAUGCGUUUAGGGGAGCCCUCGUCUACCGAGACUCUGUCGUGUGUCAUCAUCUUCAGCCUCGUCUACUACUCCCUGAUGUCUGGGGUGAUUUGGUUCGUCAUGCUGACCUACGCCUGGCACACGUCCUUCAAGGCCCUGGGCACCACCCACCAGCCUCUCUCGGGCAAGACCUCAUACUUCCACAUGGUCACAUGGUCCGUCCCCUUCAUCCUCACUGUGGCUAUUCUAGCCACUGCUGAGGUGGACGGAGACUCUGUCAGUGGGAUCUGUUUCGUGGGCUAUAAGAACUACCGCUACCGUGCUGGCUUUGUGUUGGCUCCCAUUGGAGUUGUGCUUGUCAUUGGUGGCUAUUUCCUCAUACGAGGAGUCAUGACAUUGUUCUCCAUCAAGAGUAACCACCCAGGUCUUCUGAGUGAGAAGGCAGCGAGCAAAAUCAACGAAACAAUGCUAAGACUUGGUAUAUUUGGGUUCCUGGCGUUUGGCUUUGUCUUAAUCACGUUUGGCUGCCACUUCUAUGACUUCUUCAACCAGGCUGAGUGGGAGAAGAGCUUCAGAGAAUAUGUGUUGUGCGAGGCCAAUGUGACGAUCGCUCAUCAGACCAACAAGCCGAUCCCAGAAUGUACUAUCAAGAACCGUCCCAGUCUACUGGUGGAAAAGAUUAAUCUGUUCUCCAUGUUCGGCACGGGCAUCGCCAUGAGCACCUGGGUGUGGACCAAGGCCACUAUCCUCAUCUGGAAACGCACCUGGUGCAAGGUUAUCGGCCGUAGCGACGAUGAGCCCAAGAGGAUAAAGAAGAGCAAGAUGAUAGCCAAGGCCUUCUCCAAGCGCAAGGAGCUCCACAAAGACCCGGAGAAGGAGCUGUCCUUCAGCAUGCACACUGUCUCCCAUGACGGGCCAGUAGCUGGCAUCAACUUUGACCUGAACGGGGAGCCAUCCAACGAGAUGUCUUCAGCCUGGGCCCAGCAUGUCACCAAGAUGGUGGCCAGGAGGGGCGCCAUUCUGCCGCAGGACAUCUCUGUCACCCCUACAGGGACACCUGUUCCACCGCCAGAGGAGAGGAACAAGCUGUGGAUGGUGGAGGCGGAGAUCUCCCCUGAGAUGAUGAAGAGGAAGAAGAAGAGGAAGAAGAGGAAUAAGGAGGCGCGCCCUCUGGAGGAGCUGGCCGAACACCAGGGCUACCGUCGGCGAGAGUUUGGCACCAGCUCGGUGCCACGGCUACCCAAGCUGCCCGGCCACAGGAGCCUGGUGGCCAAUCUGAGGCAGCACCAGGAGGAAGCUGAGGACGUCCUUCCAGGCUCUUACUCUGAGUUUAGGCCCUCUCAUCCCCUGCCCUACCAGGAGAGGUACGGAGGAGCCCUGGGGGCAUCCUCUAGCCAGAGGAGCAGGUACCCUGACCUCAACCCCCUCUCCCUCAGCGACCUGCCAGAGGACCUCGGCCUGGGGCCUCGCUGCCGCCCCCAACAACCACCCCACUGCUUCUGGCAGCCCAAUGGAGCGUUCCACUACUCCGGGGAGGUGGCGCCUAUGGCAGGGGUGUCUGGGAGGACAGACUACGUGGGGAGGUCGCAUGGGGGUCAAAGGAGGGCGGAGUGGGGGCAGAUCCACUCUAGAACCAACCUGAUGGAGGAGGAGCUUAUGGAUGCUGACUCUGACUUCUGAGAGCGACCAUGUGUGGUUGUGGGGUUUUCUGUUUUUUUUACAGACUGUGAGAGAAAAGUGCUGGAUACUUACACUUAUGGUGCUCCUUUGUCACUGCCCAACAGUCAAGAUGAAACAGGACUCAAGUCAAGUUAAUUGGUCAGAUCUGUCUCAUUUAAAGGGAAGGGCUAAAGGAGAACUGAUCAGGCCAAGGGUGAGUUUCAUAAAAGCUUCUUGGCUUAUAUCCCACUGGGCACGAACUGGUUGAAUCAACGUUGUUUCCACGUCAUUUCAACCCCCCAAAAUCUAUGUGAUGACGUUGAAUCAAUGUGGAAAACUGAUUGUAUUUGAAACAAGUCAUCAACGUAAGGGCAUUUCGUAUUUCUUUCACCCAACCUUUAAGCUAAAUCCAAUGAAAUGGUGACAUUUGUUGUUGAUUUCACAUUGAAUUCACGUUAGUUAACAACUCAACCAAAUGUAAAUCAAAACUAGACGUUGAACGGACUUCUGUGCCCAGUGGGGUGGCUCUGAAUUUCUCUUAACAAAUUACAGUAGCUACAGUUUCAUAAAAAUGUGUUUAAAAAUCUAUAGCUGCGUUUAGACAGGCAGCCU